CAAUUUUCUCUGGUUUAUAAUUUGUUACAUAGUAUCCCAAAGGUUAUGCCUUCAAGAGCAUUCCAGGUGGGACUGUUUGCUGUGGAGUCUUCCCCCAGUGCCAUCCAAUUGGACCUGUGUUAAUGGACCAGCUGCUACUGUCAGUUCUCCUCUUUCCUUUUACUUGAAGCAGCUGUCAUCCCAAAGGAUCAUGAUGACCGAGCCAGCUGGGUAGAAUGCUAGCAUGUCUCUCCCCUGCUAAGUCUUUAAAUAUCUUCCACAGUUCACAGCAUUUAAAUUUAGUCAACACAUGAGGCAGUCUCUCAGGCUGAGGUCGAAGUCAGACACUUCCCACUUUGCUCUGUUCUCAACUGUGGACAGAACAGAAAUUAUCUGUCCUCUCAACAUCAGCUAAGGAAAGAAACAACACAUUGAAGAUAUGUCUGACAACAGAGACGGCGAGGAUCUUAGUGAGGAAGAGAUUGAUGAAGAUGCAAUCUUGGCGAUGCUCUCACCUGAUGAGCUCAAAGAGCUCCAGAGCGAGAUGGACGUUAUCAUUGCCCCAGAUGAAAACGUACCAGUGGGACAAAGACAGAAGGACCAAACAGAGAAACCUCCAACAGGAAGUUUUGACCACAGGUCACUGGUUGACUAUCUCUAUUGGGAGAAAGAGUCAAAACGUAUGCUUGAAGAGGAAAGAGUGCCUGCUACUCUGCUGCCUAGUGAGAAAAUCUUACAGGAGGAAGCUGGAAAAAAGGAAGAAGAAAAUCCAGAUGUCAAAUAUGAGGUGUAUGAAGUGAUAGAAGAAAUCAUUGAGGAAGAUGGCACUGACUAUCCAGAUGGAGUGGAAAUUAUAGAGGAGAUCAUUGAGGAAAUAAUUGAAGAAGAUGAAGAGGAGAUUGAAAAGGACAAAGUGACUGAUGUUAACAAUGAAACCACUGAGAAAGUAGCUUUAAAUCUCAAACCUGAGAAUACAGAGAAAGAUGUAGACCCCCCCUGUGUCGUAGAAAAAACAGCUGGAAAUAACACAGUGGACAGUCAGUCUGUUCCAGACUCCAAAGUGGUCUUUGCAAACAAUGAAGAUAAAAAGGAAAAUGCAAAUGAAGAUUGUUUACCCCCACAAGAGACUCCAGAAGUGUCAAAUACAAGUGAAGUCAAUGAUAACUUCUCAAAAAAGGAACCAAUUAAAGUAAACAAGUUAAAAAUCCCAAAGUUGGCUUUUAGUAAUAUCAAAAUGACAGCACGUCCUUCAGGAAAUGAGACAAACUUGGAGUCAACUCUGGACAAAAUCCGUAACAACAAUCCGUCUAUCACUGAGGUCAACCUCAAUAACAUAGAAAAUAUUCCUAAGGAAAUGCUCGUAGACUAUGUGAAUGCCCUGAAAAAGAACAAACAUGUCAAAACGUUCAGCAUAGCGAACACAGGUGCCGAUGAAAACAUUGCAUUCAGCCUGGCUAACAUGUUAAGAGAAAAUCGCAGCAUUGCCACUUUAAAUAUUGAGUCCAAUUUUAUAACUGGAAAGGGAAUCGUUGCCAUCAUCCGCUGCCUCCAGUUCAACGAGACUCUCACAGAGCUUCGCUUUCACAACCAGAGGCACAUGUUGGGUCACCAUGCCGAGAUGGAGAUCUCUCGUCUGCUCAAGGCAAACAACACGCUCCUAAAGAUAGGCUACCACUUUGAGCUGCCCGGCCCCAGGAUGGUGGUGACCAACAUCUUGACCAGGAAUCUCGACCGUCAGAGGCAGCUGAGGAAGGAGGAACAGAGGCAGCAGCAGGUCAAGGAGCAGAGGGAAAUGAUGCAGAUGUACGAGAACAGUCUCAAUCUUCCUCCUGGUUUACUUCAGAUGUUGGGCUACAUACCACCACUUGAGCUCUUACAGCAGCAUGGCCUUGUCCCACCCAUGCCAGAACAGAGCAGCAUAGCCCAAACACAGCAUCAAAGUGAGCAGCCAGAGCCAAAGAAGAGUCUGAAGCGCAACAGCAUUCCCAAACAACCCAGUGCAGAACCAUCAAACCCGUUAAAAGAUAUUCAGUUAAAGAGAACUCCCAAGAAACGUGAUCCCUUCCUGGACUUGGACCCAAGAGAAGACCGGAGAUCAGAAAAACCAAGUUUCCAACUAAGAAAGACUCCCAAAGUAAAAGAUAGAGGAGAUAGAGAGAUGGCAGAAGAAAAGGCCAACCUCAAUGAUGUGAUAAAGACUUUGAAGCCCAUCCCUCGCAGACGAGUACCUCCUAAAGUUGACCUCACGCCUCGUGAUCAGCUCCUCAGUGAGAUCAAACAGAGCAAUGUGGCAUAUCUCAAAUCCGUGCCACUCCCAAAAGCGCUGGAAUCAAGUGAAACAAGUCUCAUCUGAUUCAGCUCCAGCUGUUUUCUCACUGUAGAGUAUGUUUAUUUUACUCAUGUUGGUCACGUUUCAUGCACAGCCCUACAGAGUGAACUAUUACAUGAAUGCCACACAAGACGAAAAUAAACUUGCUUUUGUUUCAUAAAUGUGUUUUAGUUCUUAAAACUCUAAAUACAAAUGCAGUGUUAAAAGAACAAAGUACAGUUUAUUAAAUUAAUUUACACUUUUAAAAUGUUCUAAUUUCUUAAAAAUAAAAAUUGUUCACUGAAAGAAUAAUUUGUGUCCAAUUAAUUUUGUGUGCAAAGAGCCUUUCCAACAUGAUUAAAAAAUGUAACACCUUUGUGAUGUAAAAAAAAAAAAACUUCCUGUAGUUACUAAAUGUAUUAUUUACUUAAAGUCAACUUUAAAUAUCUAUUUACUUAUUAGAUUUAUGUAGUUUUGUAAUUAUUACAUUUUAACUUUCAGACAAUGACUCUAGAUAUAAAAAACAGAAUCAUAUUUGUCUGUAAAAACACACACACUAAAAACCAAAUUUCUUUCAAACAAAAAGUAAAUCAUUAAAUGAUUAUAUUUUUAUUUUAAUAAUGAUUUGCUUUCAUAUACAGAAAAUGUAAGAACCAAGAACAAAAUAUUUUUAAAUAGCUUAAUAUCCACACCAUGAUUAUGCAAAUUAACUUAAACUUACAGAGUACAAAUAUGUCUUUUUCUCAGGUGCCAAGAAUUUUCAUUAACAUUUUUUAAAAUAAGUUAUUAUAGUUAUCUAGAAAUUUUACAUAGUGUCUAGUAGCAUCUAUAACACACCCAAAUCUUUCCUGUGUUCCAUCUAUAGACAUAACAUGCAUAGCCUUCAGUCUGUGCAUUCACAAACAGCAAAGCAAUAGAUGUUAAUUGUCAGCAUAAGCAGUAUAUAACAAAUAUGUACUACAGGUACAGGCUUUAUUUGACCAAAAAGUAAAAACAGAACAAGAUGUCUGCCAUCAUAUAUUCAGUCAGGUGUUGCUGCCAUUCUAAGAUUUGGGCAUGCUUUUAUUUUUAAAAAUUGCACUGGAAUGAAUAGGCUUGAACAUACUGACUUUAUAUUAAUACAUUAAAGAUGCACUCGCCAUUCAUUUUUGGUAUUGCAUAGCUGCUAUUAGAGGGUAUAUACUCAGUUUAGGUGAUUUGGCCAGGAAGUGUAGGCCAAAAAAAAAAAAGUCAACACACCUGUAAUUUUUU